CAGCAGCCGCAGGUGUCAUUUUUUGCCCUCCCUUCGACCGCACCGCUUCCCCAACUGCUCGCUGUCUGCUUCUGUGUUCCCCUCAUAACCGCCUUCACUCUCCCCUCUUUCCACUGCACCUGCAGUCACACGAGAGAGCAGGAAUUGCUCUGGGCGAAAAAAACAAAAAAACGGCACGAUGGACAUACGCGUGGUGUCCAUCACGGACGCGCGUAUGGAGCAUCUGAGGCUGUCCAACGAGAAGGAGUGUGCGGUUCCACAGGACGUCAUCGACACUUUCGUCGCGUGCACGCACGUGGUGGUGGCCAUUGAGUCAGCAGUUCUCAUGGAAGAUGCAGAGGUGCAGCAGAUGGAAAAGUGGCGCAAGAGCGUGCAUUGCCCCAUUGUUGCUGUCACUAUUCGCCCCCUGAGCGCCGACAGCCCUGACGACGACCACAGCCACAUCGACAGCAGCGACUUCAGGCCCGCCUGCCUCCUUCGCCGUGUUGGUGAUGGGAACAGCAGCAUCAUCCAUGGUGGUGGUCGUGGUGGUGGCAGCGAGUACAUCGGCGAGGUGCACGUUGCGUGCGCCGACCUUGGUGAUGGUGCACGGUUUGCCUGCGACUUGGUGGUAGCUGUGCCGCGUCUUCACAUGCCGCUGGUGGUGUUGGCUGGCCCCCCUGGGUCGCUCGCAGCGCAGCUGACGGCGGUUCGCCGCGAGUUGCUGCAGGGGGUCGCCGUGACGAGCAUUGCGGGCACGAGUGGCGGGGAGCGCAUGUCUGCGGUGCACAGGCUCGUGGACGCUGUUGCGCAUCAGCCCGACAUUCUUGUGGCUACUGUGGACGACGCAGGCUGCAACGCGCUGACGUGGGCGUGCAAGAUGAAGGACCGAGAUCUUGUCGCCCUGCUGCUGACGCUCGGGGCGGACCCUGUGCUUGCAGAUCGGAGGGGCGUGCUGCCUGGUGGGGAGGACGCCAUUGCUGACAUCAUUGAUGAGUUCCUCUCGUGCGUGGAGCCGUUCGUGGGCGUGUGUGACGUGUUCGACCAGCAUGGCCAGCCGCUUGGCCCCGAGAUCUUCACCCCUCCACCGCGAACGCGAGUGCAACCCUCGGUGGAGGCACGGACAACAGCGGCAUCGGCUGCAAGGAUGACCGAGCGGCUGAUACGCCGGGUUCGUAUGGUGGAUGAGCAUGAACGGGCAGUACCCGCUCUUGCCGCCAGCGGCCCUCUGCAGCAGCCGGGAGCGGUUCAACCUCCGGUGAAGACAACAGCAGCAUCAUCAGCAUCGUCAGCGUCGACUGCGCGCAACGUGCCACCUCAGCGCCCGCGUCAGCAGCAGCAGCAGCAGGAGGAGGAGCAGCUGGUGAUGCCCCAUGACAGCGAGCAGGUCGUGUUGGAUGGCGGUGCGAUGAUUGGUGACGACUUCUGGUUCACUGACUCUGACUCCGAUGACUACGACUACGACGAUGACGAUGACGAGGGCGACGGUGAUGAGGGUGAUGCGUUCGGAAAGAAGGUGAGCCCAGGGCUAGGCGCCACAGCGGCGGUGGACGCACGGCCGUCGGCUCAACUGCUGUCAGCGCUGUUGGCAGAUAAGCUCACGUCUGCUGUGGGCGGCACGCAGCGGCGUGGCAGCACUGGCGAGGACAAGGACGACGACGACGCCGUUUGCCGUGAUGAUCACAGCAACAACAAUAACGACAACAACAACAACAACAACAACAACAACCAUGAUGAUGAUGAUGAUGAUGCAGUGGUUGUUGGUGCUCCUGAGACUGCCCACGACGACGGUGUGCCUGCUCAAGUGCUGCGCCCGUCAACCUCAACACGCGUGACUGCAGCGGCCACGCAGGAGCAGCCGUCAGCACGCACGCGCAACAACAGCCUGGAUCAGGACAAGCAGCAACAGCAGCAGAAGCAGCCACAGCGUCAGAUGCUGUCACAGCUGAACCAAGCUCUGAUGCAACAGCUGUCACACAGGCAGCAGCAGCAGCAGCAGCAGCAGCAGCAGCAGCAGCAGCAGCAGGCGCCACUGAUGCCGCAGGACAGCGGCCUGGGCAUCUUGGACGUUGGGGCCAUGGCUGGCGUUGCGUUUGCCGAUACGAAGCAUGGCGCUGUUGUUGUUGGUGCUGCGCGUGAACCAGGAUUCGCGAGCCCGAAGCAGAGCCGCCAGACACACCGCCCGCUGUCGUUCAGCGCGCUGGCAGCCAAGCUGACCGCUGAGGCAAACACGAAGCAGCGCCGCAACAGCCGCGAUGGUGACGACAAGGACGGCGACGGCGAUGAUGAUGACGAUGAAGAUGAUGAUGAUGAUGAUGAUGAUGAUGACGAUGAUGCUGCUGCUGCUGCUGAUGAUGAUGAUGAUGAUGAUGAUGGUGAUGAUGAUGAUGAUGAUGAUGGUGAUGAUGAUGAUGAUGAUGAUGAUGAUGAUGAUGAUGAUGAUGAUGAUGAUGAUGAUGAUGAUGAUGAUGAAGAUGAAGGGGGUGAAUGGGAUGGCAACGAGUGA